AUGGAUACUUGUGGGGUCUCCACAUUCCUCAGGGGUCAAUUUCAAAGGAUACAUUUUUCUUCGGUUCGCCACACUCGACCUCUGAAAAAACGGGCAGGACACGUGGUGUCGCCGAUCUGCGUCUUGCCGCUAACGGAAGAGAGUGUGGAGAUAGUGCUGGACGAAGUACGGCCGUCGCUGAUGGCCGACGGAGGAAACGUGGCGCUACACGAAAUCGACGGGCUUGUGGUGGUUCUAAAGCUGCAAGGAGCUUGCGGGUCGUGUCCUAGCUCAUCGAUGACGUUGAAGAUGGGAAUCGAGAGUCGUCUCCGAGACAAGAUCCCAGAAAUCAUGGCCGUCGAGCAGUUUCUCGAACCCGAGGCAGGAGGGUUAGAGCUGAACGAGGAGAACAUCGAAAAGGUCCUCUCUGAGCUACGGCCGUACCUAUCCGGUACCGGAGGUGGUGGGCUUGAGCUGGUUGAGAUCGAUGGUUACGUGGUCAAGGUUCGGCUCACUGGACCAGCUGCUGGAGUCAUGACCGUUCGUGUCGCGUUGACUCAAAAACUGAGGGAAACGAUUCCUUCGAUUGGUGCAGUCCAGCUUUUAGACCGACUAUUCAGGCCCUCUGUCUGCAAAAAUAUCAUCAGACGCACAAACGUUCGUCUGUUCUCAUCUACAACUAACACGAGCGGGUCUGAUUCGGAUGGUGAGACCACGGUGACUUGGCCCUCGUCUGGAUCUACCUACCCCUUUCUGAUGGUUGACCACAUCCUUUACAACAAGCCAUAUUGCUCCAAGAAAAAGCAACUCUUGAAUGUGGACAAGACAGUCGGGGAACAGGUCUGUGAUGCGAUGACUGUUGGGUUUUCACGUGAUGGAUUGCGAUACAGCCUUUCGAGUAAGGACGGUCUUGUUAUCCAUUACAAGCCCUCUAACCCAAAACUAAAAGACAUGACCGUUCAUCUUCCUCCUCUACCCAAGGGUUCCAAAAUCCAAAGCCUGGCCAUGUCCUCUUUACCUAAACGAGAUAAAGAUUGGGUGGUGGGUGUCAAGUUAUCGGGAUCUCGGUUGAGUCUCUGCAAUCCUUUUGGCAGAUCUGAAUGGAUCGACAUCCGAAAGGCGCCUCAGUCUAUAAACCCUUCAUCGAGCCUCAUGUUCUCCAAAAAAGAUGACAGGUUCUACAUUCCAAGUAACGGAGGCAACUACUUGUGCUCUUUGGAGAGCGAUGAUGACUAUGUCCAGUAUAUAGACUUGCGUUUUGACGAUCUUCCAAAUUCGGUGUUUGAGGAGUUUGUGAAGGUGAGUUCAUGUGCAAGGACAGACCACCUUGUGGAGUCACCAACCGGCCUUCAAUUCCUCGUCAAGUACGGUAUUGACUCAGAGGUGUUGCGUAAGGACUCGGAGGAGCACGAAUUUUAUACAACAAGACUGGAGGACGUAACAGAAAAGUUCAUGGUGUUUAGGGAGGGGCAAGAAUCGGAUAAAUAUGACAAUAAGACCAUGAUCUACACAGAAGACAUUGGAGAUCUUUGCAUUUUCCUUGGACACAGCGAGGCUUUUUGUGUCCCUGCAAGCUCAUCCCCUGGACUCAAGCCUAACUGCAUCUAUUUCUUUGGCCGUAACUUUGGUGUUUAUAAUCUCAUCACCAAAACUUGCAAGACCUUCUGCUUAGGACCAUAUAACAGUCCAUUAAGGAGAUUGGAAUUCCCUUACUGGCCUUCUAAGCUUCCUCUCUAG